GAAGGGAUCUGGCAUUCAAAAGAAAUUGGCCGAGGCCUUGCAGGAUGUGAAUUGGGGAGCUUCCAGCACUACAAUGAAUGAAAUUGCAGAGGCUUCCUUUUACGAAGAUGACUUUAAAGAAAUCUUUGCAACGAUCUGGAAGAAUCUCGAUUCGUCUCAGAAGAACUGGAGAGUGAUGUUCAAGGCGAUUUCCCUGCUUGAGUAUCUCCUGAAGAACGGAGUGGCCACCUGUGUGGACGAAACCCGCGACCAGAUUUUCUAUUUGCGCAGUCUGGAGCAGUUCAGCGUGAUGGACCAGGGCAAGGAGCGUGGCCAAGGCGUGCGUGACAAGGUCCAAGUGAUUCUGUCGUGGAUCCAGGACGACCAGACGAUGCAGAUCGAGCGCCAGAAGGCUCGUCGUCUGAAGAAGAAGUUCUCUGCGACCAAGUCGGUGGGCAGCUCGCCCGUUCCUCCCGCCUCGCAGCCCUCCGUGUUCAGCCAGACCGCCUCCAAGGCGGGCACCGCCCCCACGACCCCCACGACGCCCACCGGUCCCAGCUACAAGGUCCAGGGCGGCGAGCUGGGCGGCAUUCCCGUGUCGGGACAGGUCAUGGCGCCCUCCUCCACCGCGAACUCCGCGGCCAGCAAGCUGAAGAGCGGCAUCGCGUCCUUCGGCCACAAGGUCGGCGGCGCCGUCUCCAGCGCGGCCGCCACCGUCUCCGCCGCCGCCGCGCAGACCGUGGCCGCUGCGAAGUCCCCGAGCACUCCCGCGGAGCGUCGCUUGACCCCGCUGCGGAACUUCCGCGACCUCCCCGAUGACGACGAGCCCGUGACGCCGGAGCCCGAGCCGGAGCCCGAGCCCGCCCCUGCGCCCGCCAAGGCCGCGCCCGCGAAGCCGAAGGCGACGCGCGUGACGAAGGAGGCGAAGGCGCUGUUCAACUUCGGCGACGCCACGCCCAGCUUCGAGGAGACCGCCGAGCCCGAGCCUCAGGCUCAGCCCGCUGCCGCCUCCACCGACUUCUUCGCCCCCGCCGCUCCCGCUCUGGCCCAGUCCUCCGCCGCGGCCGACCUCUUCGCGCCCCAGCCCGCGCAGGCGAAGCAGCAGCCCGCCGCGCAGCCUCAGCCCGCGGCGGCGAAGAAGCCCGCGGACGACUUCGACUUCUUCACGGACAUCCCGAGCGCCCCCGCGCAGCCCCAGCAGACCGAUGCUUUCGGAGGAUUGCUGGAUUUCAGCAUGCCCGCGCAGCCCCAGCAGCAGCCCCAGCAGCAGGCGAUGGGCUAUGGACAGCAGAUGUACCAGCAACAACCCAUGCAAGGACAGCAGAUGUACCAGCAACAGCAACAGCAGCAGCCGAUGCAGAAUCAGCAGAUGUAUCAGCAGCAAAUGUACCAGCAGCAGAUGUAUCAGCAGAGACUGUAUCAGCAGCAAAUGUAUCAGCAGCAGAUGUAUAGACAGCAGCAGCAGCAACAACAACAACAACAGAGAGGCUAUGUUGUUUGUUUGAACCAAUCAGCUUGGGUUCCCCGUUUCCACUGUACUUUAACCACAAACCACAAUAAAGUGAUGAGAGGUAUUCUUUGCAUUGCCUUGAUCCUAGCAGUUGCUUCUUGCGAGGUACACAACUACAUCAACAUUCCCAGACAGAUCAAGAUUGUCGCCACUUCCUACUAUAAUGCAGGAUAUCAGUUGGGAGAACAGACCGCCGAUCUUAUUCGCUACCAUAUCGAAGCGGACGACAACAUGCAGAAGAAGCUGAUUCCGUUCUAUCAUACCCCCGAGGGAAAGAAGUGGUUCGAUCACUUUUACGAAAUCAAUCUGCACACCUUCCCCGACUACAUGGACGAAUUGCGCGGAUUGGCCGAUGGCUCCAAGAUGGAUUUCUACGUGCUGUUCCUGAACAUGCUUCAGGAGGAAUUCAGCUACGUGGUUCCCAGCCACCUCUCCUACACGCCCGCGACGCACUGUUCCGAUUACAUCAUGAAGACGGAAGACAACGCGUACAUCGUGCACAACGAGGACGGCUCGGGCAUGAUGGACUUCAACCACACGGUCCUCGUCUCAGAAGAGGUCUACCACCACGGCCGCUUGGUUUCGCGCUACACCGCGUUCACCUACGCCGCGCAGAUCCCCACUGCCGCCUACGGAUGGAACGCGCACCUCGCCUUCACCAUGAAUUACCUCAUCACCAAAACCACCGACCUGGACGGCGUGGGCCGCGUGUUCGUGGGCCGAUCGCUUCUGGACGCCGAGUCGCUCGCGGAUGCAUCGGCGCGUCUGACGCGGUACUCGCUGGCCGCGGGACACAACCACCAGUUGCUGGAUCUGCAGACAGGACGAUUGCUCGAUUUGGAGGUCGCGCCGUUCUGGCAGUAUGGAGUGUUCGUGAGCACUCCGGGAAGACCGCACUGGCACGCAAACUCGUAUAAUGUGGUGAAUGCGGAUGAUGUGGGCCUGCCGAACUCGAUUGCGCGCGAUGAACGGGCGGCGGAGAUGAAGGUCCCGACGACGCUGGAUGAGAUGAUUGAGGUGCUGGGAGACACGAAACAUCCCGAGUGGCCGAUCUAUAAUGAUACGACGCUGAAUACGAUCGUGAUUAAUUGGAAGGAGCGCACGGUGACGAUUUAUAUUGGAAAUCCGAAGGAGAAGAACGUGCUUAUGACGAUUCCUAUUUAGGGAGUUGAAU